AUAAAUUACAGGAAAAACUUAAAACAAAUAUUUAUCAGUCAAAUCUUCCACUUCUCCUUCGACAAUCAACCUUUCAGUAAAAUAUGGAGACGAUCGAAAAUUAUUCUACACAAAGAGGAGAAUUGAAAUCGCUUUAUAUAGAAGAAUAUUUACAUCAAUACGUUGAUAAUAAAUGGACUCAGAGUUUUUUUCCUUACACUAUUUCUAUAUCACUGGCAUACGUAAUAAUUAUUUUUUCUUUGCAAAAUUAUAUGAAGUCCAGGCCUCCGUUUCAGCUUCGUUGGCCUCUUGUCAUCUGGAAUAUGCUACUGGCGGCAUUCAGUAUUUGUGGCACUUUAAGAUUGCUUCCAGGGAUGUGGAUAUCAAUUCGAGAGUUCGGAUUUAUGUUUUCCGUGUGCAACAUCAGCUUUGCAUUAAAUCAUCACCCGCUUCCAUUCUGGUUAUCUGUAUUUACAUGGUCAAAACUUAUUGAAUUCGGAGAUACAAUAUUUCUUGUCCUUCGUAAACAAAAGCUAAUAUUUUUGCAUUGGUAUCAUCAUGCUGCAACUCUGAUUUUUGUAUGGUAUUUCAAUUCCAAUGAAGCGUCCACUACAUAUUGGUGUAUGACGAUGAACAUCUUUGUACACAGCUUCAUGUAUUCUUAUUACGCUAUGAAGGCGAUGAAAAUCAAAGUACCUGUGUUUAUUGCCAUGACAAUUACUACAAUUCAAAUUGCACAGAUGUUUACGGGCUGUUUUCUUACUUUAUCAGCCACGUACAUGUAUUACAGCGGGAAAUAUUGCGAACAGACCAACACAUCUCUGUUUUUGUUUAAUUGCAUGUAUUUGUCGUAUGCUUGGUUAUUUUGUUGCUUCUUUCGAGAUUCAUAUUUGAAGAAAACAAAUCGUAGUAAUUUACUACAUGAGAAAUCACAGUAAAGAAGCGUUAGGA